UUUAAGAAUGGAUAGGAAUGGGUGUCGACUAAAUACCUUAAAAUUUAGACUUUUGUAUAUAUGAAUUUAGAAGAUUUAUAAAAUCAACCUGAGAAUGGGUAGAUAAAUUUUUUGGAUGACAUUGCAUGGGUAUCAGCAGACCUUGUGUGUGUGUGUUACAAUCUGUGUUGGCAGAAAGUAAACUUUAAGAAAUAGAAAAGCUGUUUGUGAGCAAACGACAGCACAUUACAACUAGAAGUAUAUUUUUCUAUUCUCUAUUGAAGGUCUGAGACAAGGGGUCAGCGUUUCGUUUGCAUCAUGAAGGUUUCUUUGGUGGAGGCGUCUUCGACAGGAGUGGACAUGGAAAUGGUGUCAAUUGGGCUCAGAUUCUCAUGCAAACCGUGACCUAGAUUCAGAUGGUGCAAUGGGAAAGGCUGGUGAAGUGCUUGAUAGCUUCGUUGAGCAGCAGGAGAAGACGCUAUUGUCAGUGAUUGAGAUGAACAUAUUUCACUUGAACAUUCCGAAUUAUGACCUAAUAUUUGCCUGCUUGCUGUAGGAUCUGCCAUGUGAUGAUGACGUGACAGUCCCAUUUGCCGCACUUUGAGUUCCAUUCGAGGUGUUAACAAAUACAACAAUUGACGAUCAUUAUGAAACAUUUGAGAUCCAAACGAGGUAAUUUUGGAAAUAAAAAAGAGUGCAAGUGGUUGCGCUGGUGUGGAGAGAACCCUUCAUCUCGCGCAAAGUUCAGAACCGGAGACAGUCAGGAAUCCUAGUUUGAAGCUCAGAGAAGUCCACGUGGGCACGAAGCGGGAUUGCAAUACCAGGGUAGUUUAGGGUAGUUCUAAUUUAUGUAUCGGGCACUUGAUCUUUCCAAUUGAUUGCAUCUAGAUCGUUCCACUAGAUCAUGCAAUCAACAGACGACUCCCAAGCAUGCUUCCAUUGUUAUUCUGACAUGCUGUCUGGAUGGAUGAGGUCUUCCUCCCCAUCUUUCUCAGAGCGCAGACUCUUCAACCUUGUUUUCUUGGUGGACUUGAGAAUGAAGCUCAUGACCGUGUUUCAGAAUAAGUCAUGGUGGACCUUGAUGUGAUUAGCUGGAGGCUUGGGGAGGAAGCGCACGCUUGGAUCAUCUCGCGUGCACAAGUUCUGAUUGCGCUUAAUAGUUGCAAGGCUGAGCUUUCACGUCGUGCGUGCAGUUCAAGCGUGGCAAGCAUCCUUCUUUCGAAUCCCAUGCGGAUUGUAGGCUGCAAUUGUACAGAUAAGUCUGCUAGAGAUGAUUAAUUGUGCUUUGAAACCUGAAGACAAUUUACUCAAGGUUACACAGGAUACAAGCGAAUGAAUUUGAUAAUCCCGCUCACCCUUUGAAAUGCGUCAGGAUUUACUCGACUCGGGUGAAGAAACCAAAGCCAAAACCGAGCAUUUCGUCAAGCAGUCUGGGAGAGAAUACAUGGAUGCACACACGAAUUGGAAGGUCCCCAAUAAAUUGAUUGAUGUCAAAGUUAGUUUGGCAUCCUACCAUGUCGAUACGUUAGAAAUUCAUACGCAGUCCUUCCCGAGAGAUUUGGACAACUAUUGUAUUAUAUCAUACGUCUGGUCGCAUGAGAACAAAUUCGAAGUGGAUGAGAUCUGGUCUCACGGGCAAAAGGAGGAUCUGGUCUCACGAGAGCAAGAGGCAACAUCUAGUUUCUAAAGAACAAGACGGUCCAUUAAGUCAUGUAGCAUGGCCUCUUUCGUAGCUACGUUAGAUAUCUGUGCCCAGAUGAGCAUGGCUCAUGUCUGGAUUGAUUGCGUCUGUGUAGAACAGGAAGACCAAAAGAUGAAAUCACUUCAACUGGCUGAGAUGGGUUAUUACUAUUCCCGUGCAACAAAAUGCCUGGUGUUCUUGAACGGCCUCGACAUGUACAUCCCUCCGAUCUUGGAAGGAGAUAACAAGGGUGCGUGCUACGAUCGAGUCUGGAUUGUGCAGGAAGCUGCUUAUACCUUUGGCAAGAAGUCUUUUGUUCAUGCGUUCCCCCUCGCACGGGCAGUGCAAGAGUCUUCAGACAUCAUUACUUUUCUGAAAAUGAGGGCAGAACAUGCUGACAUGAUCUCAAAGUGUUUGACCCGAAACAAAUAUGGUGGAAGCAAUCAAGAAGUGUGUAAGGUUGAGGACAUUCCGUCUGUUUCCGAAUGGUCUCUUGGGCUCGUUUUUGAGGAGAGCUAUUCUGAAUUCGGUACACUGGCAGUCAAGUUAGCUAGUGAGGUUCCCUUUUCUACGUGUCACGCUGUUUUAGGGGCAGAAUUGAGCAGGAAAUCCGAGCGGGCACUUGAUGUCAAUCCUAACGUCAUUCCGCUCAUUCGCGAAGCGAUGAGAGGGACAAGGGGGUGCCUAUAUCCACAGGACCGGGUCUAUUCAAUUUUGACCCUUCUGGGCAUCGAGCUGGAGGUUUCAUACGAAAUAUCGUUAAAGACACGAUAUGCAAGACAGCCAAGGCCAUGUCGCCUCAGAAGCUCGCCCAGUUUGUCACUGCGACGUGGUACUCUCAACACGGACAUGCGCUCCCAGAAGUCACAGCCGACUUACAAGUGGUUAUGACCAUUUCAAACUGUAUAACUGACAUCAAGGUUGAGGAGUCGGACCUCUUGAUCACCACCAAGACAAAAUCGGUGAUCAUUUCGUUUCUGCCUAUUAAAUCAUACAACUUUCGUCAAUCCAAGGUGUUCGGAUCCAAUGGGCGGGCGUGCCUGCUCGAUGGUUAAGUGAAGGCUCGUGGUGAGGUGGACCUCACUGGGAUGAGGACAGUGAAACCGAACUACGACCCAGACUCUGCUGAUGAGUAUGCAAUGAAUAGAGCAAAACUCCUGUUUAUGGGAAAAAGCUCAAUGAAAGGAUUUGUGGCGAACAGCGAUGGUACAUUGAAUAUCGUGGCACUCUCUGGUAACGAGGAAGUCCCUGCCAAUGUUUGUCUGGUGGUUCGCCAGGUGAAUGGAGUUUGGAUUAAGAUCGGGGUCUUACAUGUGUCCCAAGAUCUCAUCUUUGAUCUGGAUGUUGAGCAACUCAAUUUGAACCUCUGAUGAUGGAGGCAAACUCUCAAGCUUCACCAGA